UUUCUCUUUUUUUAACAAAAUGUGCUUUUUUACCUUGAACUGUGUAAUAAAAUUUCAACUUUACCUUUAUAAGCAUUCAAGAUGAUUUUAACAUUUCAAAAUGUAUUCUCAUGUUAGCAGACAGAUUACAAUUUCACAUGUGACCAACAAUUCCACAACAGAUAUCAAAUAUAAUGAAAUAUUAUCAAAAUAUUAAUCUGACGGAGUUGACACAUCUGACGGUAUUGACGAAAACCUGAAUUUGUAGUAUUUUUAACUAUCAAACACAUUGAAUCAAUCAAUUACUGUAUUAAAACAAACACAACAAACAGUAUUGUAUUGUUUAUAAAGCUUUUACUCAAGAGUCACAUUUAAGUAUUUUGAUAUAUCAUUGGAACACAAAAUCUUAUGGUGGUGACAUCUGACGGUGUUGACAAAUUUGGCAUUUCUUUCACAAAACAAAUAGAGUUCAUGUAGAAGCCAUUUUUUUUUCUGUUGAUGCUAGAUGCUAAUGGAACCUGCUUCAGGACUGAGAAGACAAUGAGUGUCAUAGAUUUGGUAUAAUAAUGAGACAGUUAAAUUGAAGGUGAUAAUUGUGUUAAAUACAUUCUAUUAUUAAUCCCUCAUAACAUUUAAAAUUGAAAAUAUUUAUAUUUUUAAACCUAAUAGUAGUUACACUUGCUGGACCUGUUUUGUCCCAUGUCUCAAGAAUGACUGAUAUUUAUUCAUUUAUUUAGAUUUGCUUUUUUUUACAUUUCUUUGUACAUUUAUUUAUUUAUUUCUAAUUGUGUCAGGGAUAGCAUUCCAUAUUUACAGAGCAGUUGGCAGUCAAACAACACAGCUCCAAUAGUAGAGUAUGCAUACUACUAUAAGUACUACUACUACUCGCUCUGCAGUGUGAAAGGGAGCCCACUAAAUUAGGGUUAUUACUUUCACUUUAACAAUGGCGUCUCCUUUAAUGUGAAGGAGCAACAUACCUUUACGUCAUUGAAUCUGCAUUUUUAGGCGAAAAUUGUGAAAAUGAAGCAUAUCUCAAAUUUGCUGUCAUUGCUCGUGUAUUUUCUCGCGUACGGUGCGUUAGGUGUUGAAGUGUCAGUGUUUGUGAUAGUGGGAGAUUCAGUCACUCUACACAAUGAUUUUGAAACAAACCCAGAUUGGAUUAGAUGGGAUUUUCAUGACAUUAUCAUAGCUCAAAUCCGUAGAGAUCGCGGAUAUAUUUGUACAGAUGACCAAUGUAAUGAGAGAUUCAGAGACAGACUGGAGCUGGAUCAUCUGACUGGAUCUCUGACCAUCAUGAACACCAGAACCACAGACUCUGGAGAUUAUCAACUACGGAUUGCCGGCAGCAGAAGGGGCAACAGUAGCAGGAUAUUCACCGUUGUUGUUCAUGGAUUUUCAGGUGUUGGUACAGAUGACGUGUCAGUGUCAGUGACGGAGGGAGAUUCACUCACUCUACACACUGAUGUUGAAAUGAAUCCGCAAGACAGAAUUACAUGGUAUUUUAAUGAGACUAUCAUCACCGAAAUCACUGGAGAUCUCAGUUUUAUCUGCACAAAUCAGUGCAAUUUUGGUGAUGGGAGAUUCAGAGACAGACUGAAGCUGGAUCAGACUGGAUCUCUGACCAUUACAAACACCAGAACCACAGACUCUGGACUGUAUGAUUUGCUGAUCAAGAGCAACAGCAGAAUCAGUGCAAAGGUCAUCAUUGUUUAUGUAAACGGUGUUUCUGAACGAGUUGAAAUGAAGAGAAACUCUGUGAAGGAGGGAGAAUCUGUCACUUUAGAUCCCGGUGUAAUAAAAAACCCAAAUUUGAUAAUGUGGUAUUUUAAGGAGAGUUGCAUUGCUGAAAUCACUGGAGAUCAAAGUAAAAUCUGCACAGAUGAUCUUUACAAAGAGAGAUUCAGAGACAGACUGAAGCUGGAUCAUCAGACUGGAUCUCUGACCAUCAUGAACACCAGAACCACAGACUCUGGAUAUUAUCAACAACAGAGCAGCAGCAGUGAUGGUAGCUUCAGCAACAAGACCUUUGUUGUAGUUGUACAUGGUUUCUUCAGUAUCGAUACAGGUGGAGUAUCUGUGUCUGUGAUGGAGGGAGAUUCAGUUACUCUACACACUGAUGUUAAAACAAAACAACAAGAAAAGAUUAGAUGGUAUUUUAAUGAAACUCGUAUCACUCAAAUCAGUGGAGAUCUCAGUUUUAUCUGUACGGAUGUUCAGUGUAAUGAAUCUACUGAUAGAAUCAGAGACAGACUGAAGCUGGAUCAUCAGACGGGAUCUCUGACCAUCAUAAACACCAGAACCACAGACUCUGGAGUUUAUCAACUAAAGAUCAACAACAGCAUCAAUGGUGUUCUUCAACUCUUCAGUGUUGUUGUUCAUGAUGUUUCUGCUGCUGAACAAGAUGAAAUGAAGAGAAAGUCAGUGCAGCAGGGAGAAUCUGUGACUUUAGAUCCUGGUGUAAUAAAAAACCCAAAUGAUUUCAUGACGUGGUAUUUUAAUGACAUUUGCAUUGCUGAAAUCACUGGAGAUCAGAUCAAGAUCUGUACAGAUGAUCUUUAUAAAGAGAGAUUGGGAAAGAGAGCCAGAGUGAAGCUCGAUCAUCAGACUGGAUCUCUGACCAUCAUGAACACCAGAACCACAGACUCUGGAGUUUAUCAACUAGAGAUCAACAGCAGCAGAUUCAGCAUCUUAAAGAGCUUCAGUGUUAUUAUCACUGAUUAUAUCGGUAUUGGUACAGUGUCAGUGUCUGUGAUGGAGGGAUUUCCAUACACUCUACAAACUGGUGUUAAAACAAAAGAACAAGAAACGAUCAGGUGGUAUUUUAAUGACACUUGCAUCGCUCAAAUCACUGGAGAUCUCAGGUAUAUCUGUACAGGUGUUCAGUGUAAUAGUGGUAAUGAGAGAUUCAGAGACAGACUGAUACUGAAUCAUCAGACUGGAUCUCUGACCAUCACAAACAUCAGAAUUACAGACUCUGGAGAGUAUGAACUAAAGAUCAACAACAACAGAUUCAGUGAGAAAACCUUCAUGAUUUAUGUUUAUGGUUUUUUCCAUGAUGGUUCAUUUGGAGUGUUGUCUGCGAUGGGGGACAAUGAUGUUGAAACAAACCAACAAACAGAAUUUGUAACGGAGGGCGAUUCAGUUACUCUACACACUGGUGUUAAAACAAACCAACAAAAAGAGAUUAUAUGGUAUUUUAAUAACACUGUAAUCAUCGCUGUAAUCAGUGGAGAUCUCAGCUUUAUCUGUACAGAUGUUCAGUGUGAAGAUGGUGAUGAGAGAUUCAGAGACAGACUGAAGCUGGAUCAUCAGACUGGAUCUCUGACCAUCAUGAACAUCAGAACCACAGACUCUGGACUUUAUAAACUACAGAUGAUUAGCAGCAGAAUCAAUACAAUGAUCUUUAUUGUUACUGUUCAAGGUCUUUCUGCUGCUAAACAAGAUGAAAUUAAGGUAGUGAAGGAAGGAGAAUCCAUCACUUUAGAUAGUGAUGUGGAAAAAAUACCAAAUAUUAUAGUGUCAUUAUAUCAUAAUAGCAGUCUCAUAACUGAAAUCACUGGAGAUCCCAAUAAGACCUGUAUAGAUGAUCAGUGUGAAGAUGCUGAUGAGAGAUUUAGAGACAGACUGAAGGUGAAUCAGUCGUCUGGAUCUCUGACCAUCACAAACACCAGAACCACAGACUCUGGACUUUAUAAACUGAAGAUCACCAGAUACAGCAGCAACAUCAGUAUCAGCAGCUUUAAGAGUUUCAGUGUUAAUGUCACUGCUGUUUCAGAUUCAGGACUGUCUUCAGAUGCUGUAGCAGGAAUAUGUGCUGCUGCUGUUGUUGUUGUUCUGGUGUUCGUUGCUGCAGCUGCUGCUGUGGUUUACAAUCACAGGCGUCAAGCAGGACAAAAUGACACCAGGACACAGCACAGUAAUCAGGUGAGAUACUAUGAGCACUGUUUUAGAUCUGCGAAUGGUGUUGAAGAUUUGUCUCCUAAUCAGAGUGACACUAAGGAGGAAGACUUCAGUGACUCAUCCCCUAAUAAGACUGAGACUGAGGCUGCCAAUGAGACACUAACAUAACAUUAAUUAUUUUGAUACUUUCAUUGAAAGGAACAGUGAAGAGACAAUGGAAAACUGGAAAACAGGAAAAGAGGAUCAGCUGAAACAGAGAAACAUCGCUCACAGAGAAAUAGUAUUUCAGUAUUAGGAACAAAUACUAGUGGAAUUUUACCUCAACAACAAUUUCAAUUAAUUCAAAUGAAAUUUUCACAGAGCAGCCGUCAGUCAAACAACACACAGGUUGAGUCCAUACUACCGAUACUGGUAAUGUCACACUUUUACCGAUUCAGAAUUAGCAUCUUGACACCACAAGAGAGGGACAUCUGAUAAGUUGAAAGCACUUUGUGUUUUUGUUUGUUUGAUGGGUCACAGAUUUGUGGUUAAAGGUUCAAAUCCUGCAAGGGUUUGAAUCUUAAACUCUGAAUCUCAGGAACUGAACCUGUAGUAACUGCACUGAAAAAACCCCCAGCAACAAAUGCCAAAUAUUGUGUUUUUGUAAUAUAUUUGUAUUGUUAUAUAUUCCAUAAGUUUUACUUGCUGCCGAAUAAGCUUUUUACUGCUAUUAAGCAUUUGAAUGUUUUUAAGCACAUUUAACAUAUUUACUGGUAAAAACAACAACAAAAAACAAUAUGAAUGUAUUAUUCAUGUCUAUUACAGUCUUCAAAUGUUUCUUACAGGAUUUAGAAGUGUCAUCUCAUGCCUAUUUUUGUAAAUAUUCUCAGAAAAGAGAGAUUUUAUAUAUACAUUUUUAAUUCUAUAUUUGUUAGUUUUCUUUAACUUAUCCAACUUUAUACACAUAUAAAUGAACAAUGGAGAUGAAAGAUGUUUGUGUGGUCAUGUGACAACCAGUGCAAUUAAAAACUGAUUUGAUAAAUUCAUGAAAUGUUUAAACAACUCUAACCCAGCUAAAACACCAAGCAUGUAACUUACCAGUUACAUAACUUAUUGGUACUUUUUGGUCAUUUCAUGACUUACUGACAACGUAAAUAGGAUGUCGCAUGCUCAUAAUUUCAUUACCAUCUAAUUACCAACUCACAACUUCAUCAGUACGAACUCUUAUGGUUAUAAGAUAAUCAAUAACGGUCCAGUUACAUACUAUUUUAGUACUAUUUCAUGAUUUACUGGCAAUGUAACUGCAACGUCAUGAGCCUGUACCCAGCAAACACAACAACGUUGGAAAAACGUUUAUUUAUUUUUUUCACAUUGUGAAAAGGUUGUGAUAACGUUUUUUCCAGACGUAUGUAAUACAACAAAUGUUGGGUUUUUUCACGUUAUAAAUGCUUUUUUUUUUCACAACGUUUUUACCACGUCUGCAUGUCUCCUUCCAACGUUUUAAAAAACGUAAUUACCACGUCCAAACUAGUACAUUACAUGCUGUCAUCAAAAUGUUUUCUUUACAGUGUUAAAUCGGAAUAUUCAUCUUAUUACCAGCGCUUACUUGUAGCGUUGCUGACCUCUGUUUGUUGUCCAUUUUAACAUAUGUAAACCUAAUAAUUUAUACUACACACAAAUUUUGUCUCUCAUAUUUAUUCAUAAAAUAUAAAAAGUAAUAUGAUAUGGGUAGGUCACAAAAAAACAAAAUGGUUUCAAAUAAUUUAUGCAAUGACUGGCAAAUUUGAAUAUGAGCACAUUAACAAAGUCCUAGAACAGCAUUUCAUUUGUAAAAUGUAAAUAAUUUACUUUCAACAAGUUACAAAUGAUUGUAUUGCAGUUAAUCAUAAAUAAAUUGCCGGUAGGACAAGAGCAUCUGCUAGGGCAGAUUUAGUACCAUAGUAUAGAAAAACCGCCCUUUGGUCAAACAGCGUUUUCGGUUAGUGUAGUGAGGUUAUGGAUUUCCUUACCUACAAACAUCCGAUGUAGCAGAUGUAAAUUAGCUAUUAGCUAACUCUGGUGCAAUUACUUUUAAUUGUACAUUGUCCCUGUAAAAAUAAACAAUAAAGUAAAGUAAUAAAUAAAUAAUAAUCAUUUUGCAAUUGUCACGAAUCCGGUCUAUGAACUUCCGUUCACUCACUACCAGAGGUCACCCGCUCACCACAUGGACUCUUGCACUACACUAACUGUUGCACUUCACCCGGACUACAGUUCCCAUCAUCCAUUGCACUGAUGACACACACACACAGCUGAAUGCACUGAUUACACACAUAGCUGAUUGUAAUUAGACUUGCUACAUAAGCCAUGGACUUUCUCCUUCUCACUGCCGAGUAUUGUCUAGCGCAGGGGUGCCCAAUCCUGCAAAGUUCAGCUCCAACUCUAAUCAAACACACCUGAAGCAACUAAUUAAGGUCUUCAGGAUCGCUUGAAAAUUAAAGGCAGGUGUAUUUGAUUAGAGUUGGAGCUGAACUUUGCAGGACAGUCGAUCACCAGGAACAGGAUUGGGCACCCCUGGUCUAGCGUAUAUCGCUCUCCCAGUGAUAGCUACAUUACGGAGCCCUUCCGUGUUUUUCCUAGUCUAAGUCUAGUUUAUUGCCUGAGUCAUUCGUUUCUUUAUCUUCUGCUUGUGUAUCUUGGAUUAACCCUUUGCAUGCUGUUUCGGACUCUGUUUAUACCUCGCCUGGACUAUUGCUCUUGUUAUUGGAUCAUCCCUCAUGUCAAGCCCUCUGGAUAUUGUUUGCCAAUCGUAGACCUCGCUAGCCCUAGGAUUACUCUGUCUUACCUGUGUUAUACCUGUUUGCCAUUGUUUGACCCUUCAUCACCUUAGAAUUAUAAGGUUCUAUCUGCAUUCUGAGCAAUUUUGAGAUAUUGAGCUUCAAAGUUUUUGCAUUCCAUAGACUUCUCUAAAUAGAACCCUUUUUGUUUUCUAAAAAAAGGCCCAAAAUGUACAUGGCUUACAAAAGAAACAUCACAUAAUGUAAAUAAAUCGUCACAGAAUAAGAAUAUGUGAAUAACUUGUCAGAUAGAACCUUAUAAUUCCAAGGCGACGCCUUGCCUUUUUGUGACCACGUCUUGGAAUAAA